UCUAUGGUCAGCAGUAGCAAAAAUAAAUGGCGGUGGUGUAUAGUUAGUGAACGAAUAAAAUAUUUUUAUUUUAAUUAAACCUUAAUAAUGCCCUAUUGGUAUUACGACAAAAAGGAUUUACAAAACACGCCGUCAUUUCGCGAUGGAAUCCCAAACGAGACCGAGAACCGUUACAGGAAAGAGGGCGCAAGGUUUAUCAUUGACACAGGAUCUAAGAUGGACUUAGGUUAUAAUACAGUCGCGACUGGUGUUGUUUAUUUUCAUCGUUUCUACAUGUUCCACUCGUUCAGAACGUUCCCUAGGUAUAUAACCGCGUGUUGCUGUUUAUUUCUGGCGGGUAAAGUGGAGGAGACGCCAAAGAAAUGCAAGGAUAUCAUCAAAGUGGCUAAGUCGUUGCUGACUGAGAUGAAGUUCAGUACAUUCGGCGAGGACCCGAAGGAGGAGGUGAUGACGCUGGAGAGGAUCCUCCUGCAGACGAUCAAGUUCGACCUGCAGGUGGAGCACCCCUAUGGAUGCUUGUUGAAAUAUGCUAAGUGCCUUAAAGGUGAUAAGGCUAAACUACAAAAAAUGGUACAAAUGGCAUGGACUUUCGUUAACGACAGUCUGUGCACCACACUGUGCCUGCAAUGGGAGCCUGAAGUGAUAGCGGUAGCAUUAAUGUUCCUGGCGGGGAAGCUGAGCAAGUUUGAAGUGAUGGACUGGAACGGACGGACGCCCAAACACACUGCCUGGUGGGACAUGUUCGUUGAGGACAUUACUAUGGAGCUGCUCGAGGAUAUAUGCCAUCAGGUACUAGACCUGUACUCGCCUCAGACGCAGCCGUCCGGCGGAGACUCGCCGCCAGAAACAACCGCAUCUCGGGCUCCAAAAAACGACAAGAAGCCCUCCGUUACACCGCCCACUUCCGUAUCGCCUGUCGCCGUCACUAAGGUCGCGGCCCCCGCCAUCACGCCGGUGAAGAACGGCUCGGACCUCAAGCUGGAGCCCCCCAAGAUCGACAUGAGGUUCACGUACCCCGGGUACCCGACCAUGCCGGCGUACCCCCCGGUGUACACCGCGCCCCCGCCGUCGAUACCCCCUCCCAACCGGUUACCUAUACCUCAAGGACCUCCGCCACCGCUGAGGUAUGCGGAACCUCCGCCCGCCCCGUCGAGAUUCCCGCCCGUCAACGUACCCCCUCCCAAUUACUUCGGCCCCCCUCUACCCACGCGAGGACCCCUUCCCCCCAGGGGUCCGAUACCCCCAGGACCCCUGCCCCCGCGGCCGUACUAUCCGCCGCCGUAACGGAGAGCUAAUCGUAAGCGAUAGGUUAUUAUAUUAUAAUUUUUUUACUGAAAUAUAAAUCUAAUAGACUGGA